UAAUGAUAAACUAGAUCAAAAAAUGGACAAACUUGUCACAGCAUGUAAAGAAGUUAAAGAUCAGCUUCCUCCUAACUUUAGAAGCAAAAAUAAAAUGUUAAUUGUCAAUAAAAACAAAAAUAAAAAUGAAAGCGUCUACGAAAGAAUGAAAUCAAAACAUAAAAAAAUCGAUCAAUGUAUGGAAAUCAUGGAAAUCAAAGAAAAAACCUUUGAACAAAAACUAGAUGAAUUGCUACACGAAUGCUUUACAAGAAAUCAAGAAAGAAAAAAACAAAAAGGUGAAAAAACAAGAGAAUUUGAUCCAAAAUAUUCUGAUAGCACUGUUGAAAAAAUACAAAGAUGUCUAUUUCACCUUGAUAUUGAUGGCGCUUACGAUAACAAUGAUGAAGAAUAUAAUUUAGAAAAAAUUCUCGAAACAUAUAAAAAAUUAUAA